AUGGCCUCAGCACCUUCCAUAGAGAAAGUGUUAGAAGAAGCCACUUGCUCCAUCUGCCUGGAGUACCUUACAAAGCCGGUGACCACAGACUGUGGGCACAACUUCUGCCGAGACUGCAUCAUCCAGUACAGUGAGCAUAGGGAGCUUCAAUCAGGCACGAAGAUCCCCUGUCCCCAGUGCCGAGCGCCGUUCCAGGAAUGGAAACUCCAGCCCAACAGGCAGCUCGGCAAUAUUGUAAAGAACAUCAAACUAUUGGGGUUAAAGUCAGGAAAUGUGCAAAAGGAGAAUCUUUGUGAGAGACAUAAGGAGAAGCUCCUACUCUUCUGUGAGGAGGACAGAGAAGCUAUCUGUGUGGUUUGCAGGCAGUCCCAGACUCAUCACACUCAUGCUGUGAUCUCCAUACAGGAGGCUGCCCAGGAUUACAAGGUGAAACUCCAGGAAGCCCUGGGCCCUCUGAGGCUGGAGCUGGAGGAGGCCCUGGAGCUGACAUCUGAAGAGGAGGAGAAAACCACAGAGUGGCAGGAAAAAGUAGAGAAUCGGAGACAGUUGAUCAUGUGUGAAUUUAAGAAACUGCACCAGUUUCUGAGUGAGGAAGAGCAGCUGCUACUGCAGCGACUGGCGGAGGAGGAGAUGGAGACUCUGCAGAGACUACAGGACAAUAUAACAAAGCUCUCAGAGCAGAGUGCUGCUUUGCAACAGCUGAUCACAGAAGUAGAAGAGAAAUGCCAGCAACCGGCUGCUGAGCUGCUGAAGGAUGUGAAAAGCACAUUGAUCAGGAGUGAGAAUGUGACACUCCAGGAUCCAGAAGCUGUUUCUCCUGCCCUGAAGAAUGUGUAUAAAAUCUGCCUUGACAUGAAGGAAAUGCUGGAGAGAUUCACUGUGGAUGUGACUCUGGAUCCAGACACGGCUCAUCCCAGCCUCAUCCUGUCUGAGGAUCAGAAAACUGUGACAUACGAAGACAAACAACAGGAUCUGCCUGACAAUAUUAAGAGAUUUGAUACUUAUCCCAUUUUCUGGGCUUUAACAAAUUGA